GGUGAUAUUUACUGUAAUUUCAGGUGAAAGUUAAGUGAAUUUUUGGUAAAUUUUAAGGGAGUCAUGGGUGUGCAGAAAACCAAAUCAUUUUCUUUGAAUCAAUAUGGCGGCAGCAACGAACAACCUCUCAAGUUAGUUUGGGUCGAGGUUUUGGUUCUCAUGAUCAUAUACGAAAGUUGUCAGUUAAUGCUGAUUAGAAUGGAAUACCUCAACCCUCGGCCCAACCAUACCUGCAAUCAUUUUUACCACCAAAAUCCACCAGAUUUAUCCAUCAGAUAUUCCGGCGGAGUAACGAUAUUGCUCGGGUAUUGCAAUGUUUCUAGUGGUCUCGCUGGCGGUGGAAUAAAUUAUUGUUGGAUGACGAAAUGGAAGAUAGGAAGGCUACUCUAUAUAAGGAACUGCCUGCCAAAAGGACCAGAAACUACAUCCGAUGAUUUACAACACACCCUGUACAACUGCCUGUACCGAACAAAAAAAUAUCUAAAUAUGCUUUAAGAUCUACACAACAUUUUCCAACCCAAAAGGCUUCUUUGCGGCAUGUGCCGUCUCCUUCGAGAUUUUUCGAGUUUCAGCCUGGAAAAACUUUUCUCGUUUUCCUUGUAAUUCUCCCAUUCUCUCCAUUUCCCAAUGUAAGCAAACAACUAAUUAAAGAUGCAAAUAAAAAUACUA